AGACACAUCGAGAAGGCACCAGCUGUAAAUGUAGCUCCGGGAAUUAACAAACAAAUGUUUCUGCAAUGCUCGAAUGACAGUUUUUAAUGCAGGAUGCACUUCUCUGUCUGUUUUUAUCAGCCUUGCUGAGGGAGCAUUGAUUCACUGUCCUUUUUUAAAAUAUAAUUUUGGGGCAGAGUUUCUGGUUUCUGGAUAAGAAGGUGUGAAAGCGACUUUUAAGGAAGAAAUCGACUCAUUUUGCUUCAUUUUUGGACGUUUAAUCCACUCCAUCCUAACUUUGUGGGUACCAUGCUGUCCAGUGUGCGCCGGCACAGCCUCCGCCUGCAGUCCGAGCUCCACCGAUGGAGCAUCUGCGACCCGGGCAGUCACCUCCUCCCGGACAGCUUCCUGACCCGGGUCCCCGCCUGCAUCUCCCGCUCCAAGUCCUGCAACAGCUCGGCCGGAGAGUCGGACGGAAGCCGCGGGAGCUGGUCAUCCUCAGACUCGAUCAUCUCUACCGACUCCGCCGGGGAUGCGGCGGAACCAGGGAGCCCGUACCGGGUGGUGCUGUUAGGGGCAAGCGGGGUCGGAAAGACGGCCUUUGCCAGCAUCUUCGCCGGGGCAGCGGACAGCAUGGACAGUGAUGACUGUGAGCUAUGUGGAGAUGAAGUGUGUGAAAAGGAAAUUGAAGUGGAUGGAGAGCCUGCCAUUCUAACUGUGCUUGACACAUGGGAUGCAGAGACUGAUAAUGAAUGGGCUCAGGAGCGAUACAUGCAGACAGGUGAUGCCUACCUGUUGCUGUACUCUGUAACUGACCGGUCCUCGUUCGUGCGAGCCUCUGAGCUCCGGAUAACCCUGCGCCGCUUCCGUCCUGCCCAGCAUACACCAAUCAUCCUGGUGGGGAACAAAUGUGACCUUGUGCGACGCAGAGAGGUGUCAGUCAGUGAGGGUCGUGCCUGUGCUGCUGUGUUUGACUGCAAGUUUAUUGAAACCUCAGCCGCCAUGCAGCACAAUGUCUGGGAGGCUUUUCACGGUAUAGUCCGUCAGUUACGUCUACGCCGAGACUCCAAGGAAGCCAACAAACGGCGCAGGCACAUACACUGUAACACUCGCAGAGAGAGCCUUCCUAUGAAGGCCAAACGCUUCCUCGACAAAGUGGUGGCAAAGAACAAUCCCAGUGUGGCAUUCUGGCUCAAAUCUAAGUCCUGCCAUGAUCUCUCAGUGCUGUAGGAGCCCGACAGACACUACACUAAACCAUUGAACAGGUGAAACAGCCUAAAGGAUUUGUGGACAUGGGCUGGAGGGAAGCCUGCCUCUAAAGGGCCAAAAGUUGCAUGGUUGAAACCCAGUCCUUUGUGUUCACAUCCACCUGUGGCACAGGCAGUAUUGUGCACGAGAGAGGUGUUUCUGCACUGUGGUCCACAUGUUGCAGUCUGAACUAAACCGAGGAGCUCAGUUUGUAAUGAACUGAACAAUGAGGCGAUGUUUCAUGCGUGUGCAGCAUUAAAGUUGGAGGUUGAACUGGUGGAAACUGACAAAAGAAUAUGAUGUUCAUUUGUCUUUUGAGAAAAUGAGAUAAAUAUUACUCCUCUCUCUUUCGCUUUCAUUCCUGCCGAUGUGUCGUGUGUCUAACAUUACCAGUUGUAAGCUGAUGAUUGAGGUUUUCUGCUCUAUUUUGCACUGACUGUAAAUAAACAAUAUUGAUAAUGUUAUGUAUUUUGCUACUUGUAUGUACUUUUCAGUGUUGCUUAUUGAAUUAA